AUGGUUUACCAACCAAAAUACUUGCCUGUUCUUUUGUUGGGGGAGGAGGGGGGGAUAGUUAUUUAUCAUAUUUUGAAGGAAGAGGAAACUAUAAAAUCCUCAGUCACUGCUCUGAAAACCCUAAAGACUUACUUCAGACCUCGACUUCACCUCCAAUGGUUUCCUUUGACGAAGAGACAGCGACAAAAAUCCUACACCAGGUUGAAUUUUACUUCAGUGACAGCAAUUUGCCCAGAGAUGAAUUUAUGCACAAAACAGUCACCGAAAGCAAAGAUGGGAUGGUGAGUUUAGCUCUGUUAUGUACAUUCAGUAGAAUGAGGAACUAUCUUGGUUUGGGUAGAAUGAAACGCGAUGAAAUUCCAGAGAGAAUUUUAGAUGGUGUGGCUGAAAUUUUGAGGAAAUCAAAUUUUCUCAAAGUUUCUGAUGAUGGUAGAAAGGUUGGAAGGAUUAAAAGACUUUCUAAGCCUGAAGAUGUUAUAGAGCAGGUGGAUGUGAGAACAAUAGCAGCCUCACCUUUUGAGUAUGACGUAAAUAUUGAAGACUUGGAGUCUUUCUUUUCUCAGUAUGGCAAGGUGAAUAGUGUGAGGCUACCGCGACAUGUUGCUGAUAAACAGUUUUUCUGUGGUACUGCAUUGAUUGAAUUUUCUACAGAUAAAGAUACAGGAGAAGUUUUAAAGAAAAGUUUAGUGUUUUCUGAUAUAAUGAUUUCUGUCUUCUUUUUUCAUUGUUUGUUUAGGAAAGAGUUUGAUUCAGAGAGAGAAAAAUUGACAGAGAACACUGAGAAAUCCCACAACUCUAUAGUUUCAAGCCACAAGAACGGAGUUGGUAAAGCUAGUUAUCCAAAAGGUCUCGUUGUUUUGAUUUCUUUGAAGAAAGGAUCAAUUGGAAAACAGGUGAAAAAGAAUAUUGCUGAUACAAUCAACAAGAAUGCUGAACAACAUGAUGCUACUGGAGAAACUAAGAAGAAGAAAAAGAAAAAGAAGAAAGGGAACAAAGAAAAGGAAACUUGUGAAAAUUCCAAAGGAACUACAAUCGAAGAUAAUAAGCAUAGAAAUUCAGCAGAUGUCAUUUGCCAUCCUGCCGAAAAAUCUUCUGAAGAUGUUUGUGGAGAGAAUUUGGCUGGGAAAGAGACAGCCACAGACCUGGUCCUCAGAGAUGAUAAUAUUGUCACAAGUGAGGAUUUGAAGUGUCUGUUUGAAAGAUUUGGCACUGUUAAGCAUGUUGACUAUACUAUAGGAGCAGAUUCUGGGUAUCUAUGUUUUGAGGAACCAGAAGCAGCUAUAAAAGCUCGUGCAGCUGCAGCAUUUGUUGAACAAGGUGGUCUGAUUGUAAAGAAAUCCAUAGUUUUCAUAGAAGCCAUGACUGUUAAGCAGCAAGAUUCCCAUCACCAUUGAGUUUAUUCUUCUUUCUGUUUUCUGGUACUUUCUUUUGUGUUAAUUCUCAACCUUUGGUAAAUAUGGGCCUAAUAUGAGCUGACACUCUUCCAAUAUUAGUUUUUUCUUCCUACAAAAGCCCUACAAAAGCGCAACUCUACCUGAUUCCUGAUUAGGGGUGUCUUGUUUUCUGUUAAUAAAUAUAUAGCUAAAUAUUGAAUAGACUGGAUCAGUGCUGCUGUCUGUGUUGGAUUGGAAGAUACCAAAUUAGCAGUCUUUUGUAAGUUUUGGUUUAGAUGCUUCUCCCAAGCUUGGCGUGUUCUGAUAAAUGAACGUCUGAACUUCAGUUCCUUUCUCCUUUUUCUGUCAGGUGAGGCUGAAAGGCAGUAUUGGAAAUUAUUUCAUGGCAAUGAGGGUGGCUUUAAGGAAACAAAAAGUCGUAGAGAGUGGAAAGGCAAAUUCGGCGGUGGAAGCCGUUGUAAAAGCAAACGCUCUCACCCUAAAGAAAAUGAUUCUUCAGUCCAGCAACCAGUGAAAGUUCAGAAGACCAAAGCUGUUUAAGAAUUUGUGGAAACUAGAAUGUUGGAGAGAAAUACUACUAAAAGGACUGAAACUUUGGUACUUCUACUAAUUAAGGACUGAAACUUUGGUACUUUUGCUAAUUGAGGAUUCAAGCUUUUUUUUAGUUCUUUUUUUUUUUUGGGGAGGUGGAAUGCUUGCUAAACUUUGCUGAU